AUGGGCAUGGGUGGUGGCAUGGGUGGUGGCAUGGGUGGUGCGAUGGGAGGUGGAAUGGGUAGCGGAAUGGGCGGUGGCAUGGGUGGCAUGGGUGGUAUGGGUGGAAUGGGUGGAAUGGGUGGAAUGGGAAACAUGGGGGGCAUGCCGAUGAUGGGCAUGGGUGGUAUGCCUAUGAUGGGUGGCAUGAAUCCAAUGGCCAUGAUGAACAUGGCGGCCAUGAUGAACAUGGCCAUGGGCAAUGCAGAUGAAGAGGAGGAGAAGGUCGCCCGGCCGCCUCCAGAUCCCAUCGAUCCUCGAGUCAAAGAGAUCUGUCGACAUUUUGGCAUCGACGAUAAGAUCUGCGAAAAACUGAACAAGGCCAUGAAGACCAGAGAAGAUUAUGAUGAGGACAUGCAGGUUUUAUGGCAUAUCAUGGAGAAGGGCGCCAAGAACAACAAAAAAUCCGUAGAUGUGAUGCUCGUGAAGAUCCGUGAGCUCAACAAUGGCAGUUUCAUUGGGAAAGACUUGUUGGAUCCAGAGAUCAAAGACUUUGCGUGGAAGUACAAUUUGGAUGAUCAGCUCCUACACAGAUUAAUCAAGACCAUGAAGAUUCGAGGGAAGCACAAAUCCCAGGAUCUGAAAGACAUGGAUGAGCGGAUUGGCAACGCCAAGCACCCAUCGGGGCUUCUAGUUCGAAUGUUGGAAGGCCUUGAGGAAAAUGGAAAGAUGCCUCCUGCCCCUGGCUGGCUCCACGCACGUCAGGCUCGAGAAGAGUCUGAAGCCAAGGAGAAAGCUGAAAGGGCAGCGGCCGACAGGAAGUCGCGGUCUCGGUCUCGGUCCAAAUGACGCGAUGACGCGAUGACGGUUGGAGCGUUG